CCAGCCAAGUCUCUCUCCCCAAACGCCGGUCCGGUUUAAAUCGCCUCUCCGCCUUUCCCUCGCCUCCCGACCCUGCAUCAUCCCCGUCCCUCUCUCCUUCUCACCUCAUCCCGCAUCUCGCAGCCCUCACUCACUCGAGCGUCAUCCCGUGGAAACCUGGUCCCCUGAUCGUCGCAGCCAUUCUCCCCGGCCUUCUUUUCCCUUCACCCUCCCCGCUCGCCCGGAGCGAUCAGAAUAAAUAGCUCUCGCCCGCCCACUCUUUCUUCCUCUCAUCCCACGUCACCCGCAUCUCCUCACAAACAUGUCUGUCAACGGCACCAACGGCACCAACGGUGUCAAUGGCUCCAAGCCCCAGGGCACUUUCCUCUUCACCUCGGAAUCCGUAGGCGAGGGCCACCCCGACAAGAUCGCUGAUCAGGUCUCCGAUGCCAUUCUCGAUGCCUGCUUGGCUGAGGACCCCCUGUCCAAGGUUGCCUGCGAGACCGCCACCAAGACCGGCAUGAUCAUGGUCUUCGGCGAGAUCACCACCAACGCCAAGCUUGACUACCAGAAGGUCGUCCGCGACGCCAUCAAGGACAUUGGCUACGAUGACUCCUCCAAGGGCUUCGACUACAAGACGUGCAACCUGCUCGUUGCCAUUGAGCAGCAGUCCCCCGACAUUGCCCAGGGCCUGCACUACGAGGAGGCCCUCGAGCGCCUUGGCGCUGGCGACCAGGGUAUCAUGUUCGGCUAUGCCACCGACGAGACCCCUGAGCUCUUCCCCCUGACCCUGAUGCUUGCCCACAAGCUCAACGCCGCCAUGUCCGCCGCCCGCCGCGACGGCUCCCUGCCCUGGCUGCGGCCCGACACCAAGACCCAGGUCACCGUCGAAUACAAGCACGACAACGGCGCCGUCGUCCCUGUCCGCGUCCACACCGUCGUCGUCUCUGCCCAGCACUCUCCCGACAUCACCACCGAGGAGCUGCGCAAGGAGAUCAAGGAAAAGAUCAUCAAGAAGACUAUCCCCGCCCAGUACCUUGAUGACAACACCAUCUAUCACAUCCAGCCCUCUGGCCUCUUCAUCAUCGGCGGCCCCCAGGGUGACGCUGGUCUGACCGGCCGCAAGAUCAUCGUCGACACCUACGGUGGCUGGGGUGCCCACGGUGGCGGUGCCUUCUCCGGCAAGGACUUCUCCAAGGUCGACCGCUCGGCCGCCUAUGUCGGUCGCUGGAUCGCCAAGUCUCUUGUCGCCGCCGGCCUCGCCCGGAGAGCGCUCGUGCAGCUCUCGUACGCCAUUGGCGUCGCCGAGCCCCUGUCCAUCUACGUCGAGACCUACGGCACCUCGAACAAGACGUCGGAUGAGCUCGUCAAGAUUGUCCGCGACAACUUUGACCUGCGGCCCGGCGUCAUUGUGCGUGAGCUCAACCUUGACCGCCCCAUCUACCUCCAGACGGCCAAGAACGGCCACUUUGGCACCAACCAGUCCUUCACCUGGGAGAAGCCCAAGGCGCUCAAGUUCUAAGGGACUCGGGUGCAACUUUUGGCUGGAGAGAAUUCAACAAACUCCCACGAUUAGAUAUGUUUCAUAUCGUUCUUUCGAAAGCACUCUCAGGCGGCGUACGGUUCUCAACGAAACCAUGAUGACCCCCCAACCGGGAACGGGGGCACACGGGGUUUCCGGAUAGUAUAAUCAUUUCAUUUUUUUUGUCCUUGGCUUUCCCCUUCCUUGUCCUGUCGUCACGAAAAAACCUUGGGCCCUUUUCUCACGAUUAUAUUGGAUUGGGACGGAGUGGUGGCGUCUUUCAACAAAGACAAAACAUGGGUCAAACCUGCAUUUGUGAGGCGAAGCAAAACCUCUUACGAGACUUGCAUUAACGAGAUACCCUUUGACGAGGGGGACAACAUCAUUAGAGAAGCGUGUGCUUACCGGCGUUACGAGGGAAAAGAGAAGAACUUCAACAUCUUUGGUUUUCCCCCAUGUUUCUCUGGCCAAGCUUGUGCAAGUCGGGUCCAGUCGGUCAUGGAGGAUGGUGGUGGUGGGAGCGGAGGAGGAAGAGGAGGUGGUGGUGGUGGACAUGCUUGGGGGAGGUGAACGACCACGACUGUUGGCAAAGGAGAUGGAACAGAGGGUGAGAGGGCGACAGAUGUGUGUGGAGCGGCCCUUGACGGGUCGUGCUGCCAGAGAUAUGAUAGAUACGGGCAGAUACAGUAGCAAUCAAGCGACUCGAUUGAUUGACGAGGAGCGGACAAGGGGACACCUGGUCUGGGCCAGCUCUACGGCUGGACAUUGCGGUGCGAGCGCCGUGAAUUGACGACAGCAACGAGAUGGUCGACGUGGCCACGUAAAUUGGAC